UAAUCAUUAAUCAUCAUGUUUUCUCAGCAAAUUUACAAUUACUAAUAAAUUAAAUCAAAUAUUUAUUGUAUUAUAGUAAUUGGUUAUACCAUAAAUGGUGUAUUUCACUGUUUAAUAUUUUGCUUAGGUCUGAAUAGGAUUAAAUAUUUCAUAGAAAAAGGUUUGGACCACGAUUAAAUAAUCACAACUAAUCUGUUGUAAAGGCACCUUUAUACUUCAUUUAUUUCACAUUAAUCAUUCACAUCGAACAGAUUAAAAAUGAUAUCAUUUAAUUUAUUACAAAAAUUGAAUGUCACUGGAUCAGCUAGUCAAUUUUUUUGUCGUAAUAUAUCGGCUUCAUCAGUGUCUAUGGCCAACGUUUCAGAUCCUAUCCAACAACUAUUUUUGGAUAAAAUUCGCGAGUACAAAGGAAAAUUUGAUUCCAAGACAUUUGAUCCUUCAAUUGAUAAAGGUUACAAGGGAGAUUUAGAAAAGAUUGGCAGACAGUACAACAUUGGCGCAAAUGAAGAUCCUACAACAUUUCCAACAAUUAAAUUUGAUGAACCCAAAGUUGAUCCACAAGUUUGAAAAUAAUACAUUUUGUGUAUUUUUGUUCUAAUAUAAGUAGUAAUGUAAUUAUACAGAAAUAAGAUAAAAAUAUUAUAACUCAUUUAUAAACAUUAAUUUAAAAAGUUCAUUAUUGUUUAUUAUUUAUAGUGAUUCACAUUUAAAAGCUGAUAUAUUUUCCAAUAAUAUUGAUAGGUAUAUAAUAUACUAUAUACAGUACUGAAUUCUUCAUGUCCAGCAUAGUAUUAAAUUGUUUGAGCGUUUUUAAAUUUGGCCUUAAAAAAAAACAGUUGAAAUUAUUUACAUUAACUUUUUAAUAUUAUUGUAAUUAAUCCACUAAUAGUAGCAAAUAAAUUUUCUGAUUUGAAUGAUGGUGGAGCAGAAACAGUGUUAUCUAUGAACAGAAAUCCU